UUCAUUGUGUAGGUGUGCAUGCAUUUCGUGACUCGCAUUAGUGAGCGUGAAACAAAGUAUGGCGUAGGAUUGUGGCCUCGUUCAUGAUAGUACUUCGAGAAUCUGGUUUUAAACGUACGGACGUGCAAUUGAAUAGAGCUAUAUUUUGGAAGUUAACGAAAUAGCAUAGACCUUGUGAAGUUAUCUCAAUCAAGGAUAAAUCGUUUAAUCGAUCAAUUAAACGAUCGCGUUUCAAAUUUCACGUAUUUUUAAGAAGAACGAUAAAAAAGACGACGUCGUGUCGGAUCGUGCAGCAGGAUGAGCGUCGAUGCUUAUGGGCCAAGUAGCCAAACUCUAACGUUCCUUGAUACCGAGGAAGCUGAUUUAAUAGGUGCCGAUACUCAAGGAAGUGAAUUUGAUUUCACGGACUUUACUUUACCAUCGCCAAGCCAGACACAGGCUUCGCAACAUGAUGCGGUUCAAAGUCAACCGAGUCAGCCAAUGCAGGUUAAUGGAACAGGCGGUAGUUCAUCAUUGGACUUAAAAAUUACUGGAGCUGCUCAAAGUCUUGCUGACUUACAAUUUGAAGAAGAAGAAGAAGAGGCAUAUUAUAAUCGCGAUUUACCAGAACAUGCAUGCAAAUACUGUGGUAUUCACGAAGCCUCAUGCGUUGUAAUGUGCAAUGUAUGUCGUAAAUGGUUCUGCAAUGGAAGAGGUAAUACAUCUGGUUCUCAUAUUAUCAAUCAUCUUGUUCGAGCAAAACAUAAAGAAGUUACAUUGCACAGAGAUGGACCAUUGGGAGAAACUGUGUUAGAAUGUUAUUCUUGUGCAGUUAGAAAUGUGUUUGUUCUUGGUUUUAUACCAGCUAAAGCAGAUUCAGUUGUCGUACUACUAUGUCGACAACCUUGUGCAGCUCAGAGCUCUCUAAAAGAUAUGAAUUGGGAUCAAGAACAGUGGAAACCUUUGAUUGAAGAUCGUAGUUUCUUAGCAUGGCUUGUAAAAAUACCGUCUGAACAAGAACAACUAAGAGCCAGACAAAUCUCUGCUCAGCAGAUUAAUAAAUUGGAAGAAUUGUGGCGAGACAAUGUUGACGCGACUUUUCAAGACCUUGAGAAGCCUGGUGUAGAUGAAGAACCGCAGCAAGUCUUGCUACGUUACGAAGAUGGAUAUCAAUAUCAGAAUAUUUUUGGUCCGCUCGUUAAGCUGGAAGCUGAUUACGACAAACGUUUAAAGGAAUCCCAAACUCAAGAAAAUAUUGAAGUACGAUGGGAUGUUGGUUUGAACAAAAAGACAAUAGCAUACUUCAUGUUAGCUAAGACUGAUGGUGAUAUGAAAUUAAUGCAUGGAGAUGAAUUAAGACUUCGUUAUUUGGGAGAACUUCAUAAACCAUGGUCUGGUAUUGGACAUGUUAUCAAAAUUCCUGACAACUAUGGAGAGGAAGUUGGUAUAGAGUUGAAAAAUAACGCAGGUGCUCCUACAGAGUGCAUGAGUAAUUUUGUUGUUGAUUUCAUUUGGAAAAGUACAAGCUUUGAUCGGAUGCAACUAGCAUUACGAAAAUUUGCUGUUGAUGACACAUCUGUAUCAGCUUAUAUAUAUCAUAGAUUGUUGGGUCAUGAAGUAGAAGAAGUUCUAUUUCGUUGUCAUCUCCCAAAACAUUUUAGUGCUCCUAACUUACCAGAUUUAAAUCGAUCUCAAGUAUAUGCUGUAAAGCAUGCUGUACAAAGACCCUUGUCUUUGAUCCAAGGUCCACCGGGUACAGGAAAAACUGUAACUAGCGCUACGAUAGUUUAUCAACUAGUAAAACAAAAUGGAGGUCCAGUACUUGUCUGUGCACCAUCUAACACUGCAGUUGAUCAACUUACCGAGAAGGUACAUAAAUCUAAUUUAAAAGUUGUACGUCUUUGUGCAAAAUCACGAGAAGCUAUUGAUUCCCCUGUGAGUUUCCUCGCAUUGCACAAUCAAAUCAAAAAUAUGGAAACAAAUACAGAAUUACAAAAGUUACAACAAUUAAAAGAUGAAACUGGUGAAUUGUCAAGCGUCGAUGAAAAACGUUAUAGACUACUAAAGAAAGCUGCAGAAAAGGAAUUGUUAGAGGCAGCUGAUGUAAUAUGUUGCACUUGCGUUGGUGCAGGUGAUCCAAGAUUGCACAGAUUGAAAUUCCACUCUAUACUUAUAGACGAAAGCAUGCAAGCAACGGAACCAGAAUGUAUGGUACCUGUUGUUCUUGGAGCUAAGCAAUUAAUUCUUGUUGGAGAUCAUUGUCAAUUAGGACCUGUUGUUAUGUGCAAGAAAGCUGCAAGAGCAGGAUUGUCUCAAUCGCUAUUUGAAAGACUGGUUGUCCUUGGCAUUAGGCCUUUCCGACUUGAAGUGCAAUAUCGUAUGCAUCCAGAUCUUUCACGAUUUCCGUCUAAUUUCUUUUAUGAAGGCUCUCUUCAAAAUGGAGUAUGUGCGGAUGAAAGAAAAUUAUUGAAAAUUGAUUUUCCUUGGCCUGCUCCUGACAAGCCAAUGUUCUUCUAUGUAACACAAGGCCAAGAAGAAAUAGCCGGCAGUGGUACAUCUUACUUGAACCGUACUGAAGCAUCUAAUGUAGAAAAGAUAACUACAAGAUUCUUACGUUGUGGUGUAAAGCCAGAACAAAUAGGUGUAAUAACACCUUAUGAAGGACAAAGAGCAUACUUAGUGCAAUACAUGCAAUAUCAAGGUUCGCUUCACUCCAAAUUAUAUCAAGAAAUAGAAGUUGCAAGUGUCGAUGCUUUUCAAGGACGUGAAAAAGAUAUUAUAAUUAUGUCUUGCGUAAGAUCUAAUGAGCAUCAAGGUAUUGGAUUUUUAAAUGAUCCUAGAAGAUUAAACGUUGCAUUGACUCGUGCAAAAUACGGUAUCAUCAUCGUAGGAAAUCCAAAAGUACUUUCAAAACAACCACUGUGGAAUCAUUUGCUGAGUUUUUACAAGGAGCAGAAGGUUCUUGUAGAAGGGCCAUUGAAUAAUUUGAAAGAAUCAAUGAUACAAUUUGCUAAACCAAAAAAGCUUGUUAAUGCUGCUAAUCCAGGAUCACACUUUAUGACUACGUCAAUGUACGAUGCUAGAGAAGUUUUAAUUCCUGGUUCAGUAUACGAUCGUUCCGGUAGUCAAGUUAACGGAAAUCAAAGUCACAAUCCGUAUUAUCAGAGAAAUGUGCCAUUGGAUAUAUUCAGUAGAACACACGACACGAUAAGUUAUAUAAGCCCAGAAAGAGCGCAAAGUGCUUUGAAUAAUGUACCCGUACCAGUUGGUAUGUUUAUGAAUAUGGCACACGUACCUCCACGUUUCUACAAUCAACACCAACAAGCUUUACAAGCAAGACAAAAUCAACGUAAUAAACGUGGUACAGCUACAUCUAAGAACAAAUCGAACACACGUAUGGGUAAGCUAAGUCAAACUGAACAAAACACACAACCAUAUAGCCAACCAGGAUUACCAUUGACGCAAGGUACAACUCAGGGUAUGUCUCAACCAGGAUUCAGUCUAUCUCAGCCUGGUUUAAGUCAAGCCGAACUUUCUCAAGAUUCAUUCGCAGUAGGAGAAUUUCAAUCACAAAUGGACGGUCUAUUGUCCCAAGAUUCUACUUAUCAAGGCGAUAGAAGUGGUUUUUAUCAAUCUGGUCAAUCACAAGCCGGGGGACAAUUCUCCCAGCCAUACUGAGCCAAAACCUGGCUGAGCAACGCAAUUGCCAUGCAGCGUCGCGGGAGCGACUGAAGGCUCGUUUGACCAAUUCUUCUUCGACCAACAACCACAAAUCACUAACUGCGCAAAACGGUAAAACGGCUCGGCGAACGAGUAUGGUAUAUGCAUGGAGUCGUCAGCGUAAAAGUGGGUUUAAUGGAGAAAAUCUGUCGCUGUCAUCGUCGUCGUCGUCGUCGUCGUCUUCGUCUCUUUGUCUUCACCGUCGUCGUCGUCGUUAACGAUUACUGCUUGUUGAAAGAUGGAAAUGAAUAAUAAUCGAUGGUUAUAAUAUAGUGCGACAAGAAAGAAUAGGUAACAUCUAUGAAACUGGGAGACGACAAAGGAAUAUUACCAAUAUCACCGUGACACGCGUUUACCGUGAACGGACCGUUUUAUCGCGGGGAUCGAGUGACGCGCUAGAAUUAAAAAGUCAAAAAAAUAAAUAAAUAAAUAAAAUAAAUAACAAAAAAAAGGAUAAAUAAAUAACACAAAAAAAGAUAAGUAACCAAACAAAAUACGGGAGAAUAAAAACAUGGGACGAGUAAAAGCUUCAUGAUAUGAUUAAAUUCGAAGAAUGUGUGCCAAUGUAAG